ACAUGAUUCUGGACCAGCAGGUGGGUUCUGGACAGCUCAGUGAGGAUGUUCGUCACAGAGUGCAUGAGGCAUUACUGAAACAGCAUCACCAUCAGAACCAGAAGAAGCUGAGCAACAGGAUCCCAAUUGUGAGAUCCUUUGCUGAUAUUGGAAAGAAGCAGUCUGAGCCCCAUUCCAUGGAUAAAAAUGGUCAGAUUGUUUCCCCACAGUCUGCUCCAGCCUGUAUUGAAAACAAAAAUGAUGUGAGCAGAGAAAACAGCACUGUUGACUUUAGCAAGGUUGACCUACACUUUAUGAAAAAGAUACCACCUGGAGCUGAAGCAUCAAACAUCUUAGUUGGUGAACUGGAGUUCCUGGACCGUGCUGUUGUUGCUUUUGUUAGGUUAUCUCCUGCAGUGCUGCUUACGGGACUGGCUGAAGUUCCAAUUCCAACAAGAUUUUUGUUUAUCCUUCUUGGACCGCUGGGUAAAGGGCAACAAUACCAUGAGAUUGGAAGAUCAAUUGCAACACUAAUGACAGAUGAGGUGUUCCAUGAUGUUGCUUACAAAGCAAAAGACCGCAAUGACUUGGUGUCUGGAAUUGAUGAGUUUCUUGAUCAGGUUACUGUUCUCCCUCCUGGAGAGUGGGACCCAUCCAUUCGAAUAGAACCACCUAAAAAUGUUCCCUCUCAGGAGAAGCGUAAGAUCCCAGGAGUGCCAAAUGGAACUGCAGCCCAUGGGGAAGCAGAACAACCUGGAGGACACUCUGGACCAGAACUGCAACGCACUGGAAAAUUUUUUGGAGGAUUGAUUUUAGAUAUAAAAAGAAAAGCUCCCUUCUUCUGGAGUGACUUCAGGGAUGCUCUCAGUCUGCAAUGUCUAGCAUCGUUUUUGUUUCUCUACUGUGCUUGCAUGUCUCCUGUCAUCACAUUUGGUGGUCUGCUGGGAGAAGCAACUGAAGGUCGUAUAAGUGCAAUAGAAUCGCUGUUUGGAGCAUCCAUGACUGGAAUUGCCUAUUCUCUCUUUGGUGGACAGCCGCUCACUAUACUUGGCAGCACAGGACCAGUUUUGGUGUUUGAGAAGAUCUUAUUCAAAUUUUGCAAAGAGUAUGGGUUAUCGUACCUUUCUCUGAGAGCUAGCAUUGGUCUGUGGACUGCAAUCCUGUGCAUCAUCCUUGUUGCAACUGAUGCAAGCUCCCUAGUCUGCUACAUUACUCGGUUUACUGAAGAAGCUUUUGCUUCUCUUAUCUGCAUCAUUUUCAUUUAUGAGGCCUUAGAGAAGCUGUUUCAUCUCAGUGAGACAUAUCCAAUCAACAUGCAUAAUGAUUUGGAUCUGCUGACAAAGUACUCAUGCAGUUGUGUGGAACCAGAACAUCCUAGCAAUAAAACCUUACGAUACUGGCAGGACUACAAUAUAUCGGCGUCAGACGUGCCGUGGGGGAACCUAACUGUGUCAGAAUGUAAAAAGCUUCAUGGAGAGUUUGUUGGCCGAGCCUGUGGUCAUCAUGGCCCUUAUGUUCCAGAUGUCCUCUUCUGGUCUGUCAUCUUAUUCUUUUCUACAGUAACACUGUCAUCCACGCUGAAGCAAUUCAAAACUAGUCGAUACUUCCCAACAAAGGUGCGAUCUGUUGUCAGCGAUUUUGCUGUCUUUCUCACUAUUUUGUCCAUGGUUUUAAUUGACUAUGCCAUUGGGAUUCCAUCACCAAAGCUUCAGGUUCCAAAUGCUUUUAAGCCCACCAGAGAUGAUCGUGGCUGGUUUAUUACUCCUGUGGGGCCUAAUCCUUGGUGGACAGUGAUAGCUGCUGUAAUUCCAGCUCUGCUUUGUACUAUCCUUAUCUUUAUGGACCAGCAGAUCACAGCUGUCAUUAUCAACAGAAAAGAACACAAACUAAAGAAAGGAUGUGGAUACCAUCUCGACCUACUCAUGGUGGCAGUCAUGCUGGGAGUGUGCUCUAUUAUGGGAUUGCCAUGGUUUGUUGCAGCUACUGUCCUGUCUAUUUCCCACGUGAACAGCUUAAAACUGGAAUCAGAGUGCUCCGCUCCAGGGGAGCAGCCAAAAUUUCUUGGAAUUCGGGAGCAAAGAGUCACAGGGCUCAUGAUUUUUAUCCUUAUGGGCUCAUCUGUCUUUUUGACAAGUAUCCUAAAGUUUAUUCCUAUGCCAGUACUUUAUGGAGUAUUUCUUUACAUGGGUGCUUCGUCUCUAAAGGGAAUUCAGCUUUUUGACAGGAUAAAGUUAUUCUGGAUGCCUGCAAAACAUCAGCCAGAUUUUAUUUAUCUGAGGCAUGUUCCUCUAAGAAAGGUCCAUCUCUUCACUGUAAUUCAGCUGAGUUGUCUUGUGCUUCUGUGGAUUAUAAAGGUUUCAAGAGCUGCUAUUGUCUUUCCUAUGAUGGUCCUAGCUUUGGUAUUUGUCCGGAAACUCAUGGAUUUCUUUUUUACUAAGCGGGAGCUCAGUUGGUUGGAUGAUUUGAUGCCCGAGAGCAAGAAAAAGAAAUUGGAAGAUGCUGAGAAAGAGGAAGAGCAAAGUAUGUUAGCAAUGGAAGAGGAAGGGACUGUUCAGUUACCACUAGAAGGACAUUACAGAGAUGACCCAUCUGUGAUAAACAUUUCUGAUGAAAUGGCAAAAACUGCUGUGUGGAAGACAUUGUUGAUAUCCUCAGAGAAUGCAAAAGACAAGGAGUCAAGCUUUCCUUCUAAAAGUGUGGAAAUCAGAAAAGAGAAGAAAGCUGACUCAGGGAAAGGUAUUGACCGGGAGACGUGUCUAUGA